AUGAAGUACCUCGCAGCCUACCUCCUCCUCACCAUCGGUGGCAACACCGCGCCGUCCGCCAAGGAUGUCGAGCAGGUCCUUGAGUCUGUCGGCAUUGAGGCCGACUCCGACCGCCUGUCUAAGCUCAUUGCUGAGCUGUCGGGCAAGGACAUCAACGAGCUGAUUGCCGAGGGCAACUCCAAGCUGGCAUCCGUGCCGUCUGGCGGUAGCGGCGCUGCCGCUGCCAGCGGUGGUGCUGCCGCCGGCGGUGCUGCUGCCGAGGAGGCCAAGGAGGAGGCCAAGGAGGAGGAGAAGGAGGAGUCCGACGACGACAUGGGCUUCGGUCUCUUCGACUAA